AUGAUAGAAGACAAGUACGUUGGCCUCGCCCUGGCCGUAACCUCCACCCUCGGCAUCGGCGCCUCCUUCGUCAUCACAAAAAAGGGCCUCAACGCCGCCGCCGAGCGCCAUGGCUUCGAAGGAGAUGGCUUCGCAUACCUCAAGAACCCCGUCUGGUGGGCUGGUAUACUGACAAUGGUCGUCGGUGAGAUUUGCAACUUUUCGGCGUACGCGUUUGCGCCGGCGAUUCUCGUCACGCCGCUGGGGGCGUUGUCUGUAUUGAUUGGAGCGGUGUUGGGGAGUUACUUUCUGGGGGAGAAGCUGGGCAUUUUGGGGCGGGUCGGGUGUGCGAUUUGUUUGUUGGGGAGUGUGGUGAUUGUGUUGCAUGCGCCGCCUGACAAGGAAUUGGAGAAUAUUGAUGAGUUGUUGCAUUAUGCUAUGCAGCUUGGAUUUCUGACCUACUGUACGAUUGUUACAAUCUUUGCGAUUGUCAUGAUUUACAAGAUCGCGCCGGUUUAUGGGAAGAAGAACCCGAUGAUAUACCUCAGCAUCUGCUCGAGUGUCGGCUCGAUUUCGAUUAUGGCGAUCAAGGGAUUUGGUAUUGCGGUCAAGCUUACGCUGGGAGGGAAUAACCAGUUCAGCCAUCCUUCGACGUAUGUCUUUGCGACUGUGGUGGUAGUCUGCAUCAUGACACAGAUGAACUAUUUCAACAAGGCGUUGAGUCAGUUCAACACGAAUAUUGUCAACCCACUUUACUUCGUUCUAUUCACGACCUGCACACUCAUCGCCUCCUUCAUCCUCUUCCGCGGCUUCAACACCUCCGACCCGGUCAACACCAUCUCCCUCCUCUGCGGCUUCCUCACGAUCUUCUCCGGCGUCUACCUUCUCAAUCUUGCCCGUGAAGACCCCGAUGGCGAGAACCUGGGCAUCAGAGAUCGCCGAGGUGAAUAUCACGAAGUCGAUGGCAUCCCAACGGAUGGCCUUACAGGUCUCCAGACGAGGCUGAGCAUGCAGGCGAGGAGAAGCGAAGAUGGUGGGCACCACAGAAGGAGCAGUAGUUGGAGUCUACGAAGUCCAAGCGGGACAAGGAGACAGCAAGGGUUUGGAAGAGAAGGAGAGCAGCUGAUACAUAACUACGACCUGGAAGCGAAUUUCUUAGGCGAAUUGGCCGAGGACAGCGACGAGGACACUUCGCAGUCGAAUCAAAAACGAACCAGCUUCGACGACGCAAACGGGAGGAGGGUCGUGAUGAACGGCAAUAGCGAGAGCAAUUCCUUCAACGCGCCCAGAAGGACAGGCACAGUCGGGUCGGAAAGCGUGAGAGCUAGCGCGAAAAGCUUCGAUAAGACUCGACGGUGA